AUGCCCACGCAGAUACUUAGAGAUGUGAUACUGCAGCUCUCGAAAGACCGACAAGAACUCCAGCGUCGGCUAGACGAACGACCACACAAGCGGCCCAGGCUAGACAACGCUACCUCUGCCUCUUCCGUUGACCCCAUCUCGGGCCCAUCGACUCCUCGCAAGAAGCAUUCCGACAGCAAUACUCCUCAGGACGAUGAUGACCUCGUCCAAUGCCCAAUAUGCCAGACCUUCGUCCUCAUGGACGUCAUCAACUCGCAUAUGGACAACAACUGCGCGGCCCUUAAACCGCCCGACUCCAAGCCCAGAUCUAAGUCCGGGUCCAAGACGAAGCAGAAGGCGGCAUGGUCCCAGCUCAUGAGCGGUGCCCAGCAGGGUAAAGGCAAGGACAGGGACCUUUCCGAGCUCGAAGACCGCCUGCCCAAACAGUCGUACGACAUGCUCAACGACAAACAGGUUCGACAUCUUCUACAGGAGCAUGAUUUAUCGACGAUAGGCGACCGCAAAACGCUCAUUGCACGACACAAACGAUGGGUCAUCACCUACAACGCCAACCUGGACCGUGCCCCGAAACGACGUCAGACCCUCGCCACCCUCCGCGCCGAUCUCAAGAAGUGGGAGUCGGAGCAUAAAGGCACGACGUCCAAGCCAGUGUCGGCGGUAUCCGAUUCCGAAGCGCACCAGAGGACGCACAAAACCCAGUUCGCCGCGUUGGUGGCUGCGGCGAGGCAGACGAAGACUGCCAAGGAUAGGGGCCCUCCCCAGUCGCCCAGCCCUAUGUCUAGGUCAUCGAGCGCCGUCUCUGAAAACAAGCCGCGCGAGAGCAGCGCAACGCCGGAGCCGAUAGACGGAGUUAUCGAACUGGAAUAG